ACCCACACCCACACCCCACCCACACCCUGAAAGGAGUCUUCACUGAGAUUGAAUCCAUUUGCCAUUCGCUCAAACAAGAUUCUGAACAAUGUGACAGCAAUUUAAUACCGAUCAGUAUCUUCACUGCAACCAAUUCGUCGAACACAAACUUGAACGAGCUCGAUCAAUCAUUCAUGUAUUCGCAACUUCUCAAAGAGAUUAUUCUCGAACUAAAGUAUGAGAUCAAUUCAAAAAAGGAACUGGUCAAUUUUUGCCGAAUUCAAUAUCGUGGUAAUUCUAGUGAAUUAAAGAUUGUCGACGAAUUCGAAGAACACGAUGAAGAUCAUUCGCCUAUCUGGUGGUAUACUCGCGAAUGUUUCACUUAUUCUAUGUUGAACAAAGCACUUCGCACUCAAGACAUUGGAAUUAUUAUUAAAAUGGGGUUUUUCAUACGCGGUCUACAUGUACAAAUCGAACAAAUUUAUUUGACGUGCAAUAAACAGUAUUUGCUGACGGUUUACCGUGGUCAAGGGAUGUUACAUGAUGAAUUCGAAAAGAUUAGAAAGAGUAAAGGCAGUCUACUUUCUUUCAACAAUUUCUUAUCGACAAGCACUGAUCGACAAAUCUCUCUACAAUUUGCUAAAAUGGCACAAUACAAUUCGACUUUGACGGCGAUUCUUUUUCAAAUAGAAAUCAAUCCUACGCUCACUUCGACUCCUUUUGCUCAGUUAAACAAUAUUAGUUAUUAUGCAGACUCAGAAAAAGAGGUACUCUUCUCUAUGCAUACCGUGUUUCGCAUAGGUGACAUUGAACAGAUGGAAAACGGACUGUGGCAAAUAACAUUGGUAUCGACUGAUAAUAAUGAUCAGCAAUUGAAGCUUCUCACCGAACGCUUAAGAACAGAGAUCGGAUCGGGAACAGGAUGGCACCGAUUGAGUCAAUUAAUCAUUAAGAUGGGCGAGUUCAAUAAGGCCGAAGAAGUCUUCCAAGCAUUACUCGAUGGAGCAUCUGAAGACGGUGCGCGAACAAAGGCUGUGUGUCAUCACCAACUUGGAUAUGUUAAUGACGAAAAGGGCGAUCUAACAAAGACUCUUUUUCAUUACAGACAAUCUCUCGACAUUAGUCUGACCUAUCUAUCUCCCGAUGAUCCUUCACUUGCUUCGACGUAUUCAAAUAUUGGGAGUAUAUACAAAAAACAACGAUCUUAACGCAGCUCUUGAAUGUUUCCAGCGAGCGCUCAACAUCGAUCUUCAUGUCUCUGAACCUGAUAAGCUUCAGAUCGCUACUCAUUACAAUAACAUUGGUCUUGUGUUGAAACAACAAGAUAAAUAUGAUGAAGCACUAAAAAAUUAUGAACGUGCACUAGAAAUCAAACUCGCUCAUCUUUCACCACGUCAUCCAUCAUUGGCUACUGCUUACAGCAAUAUCAGCGGAAUUUAUCAAUCAAGAAAAGACUAUUCAAAGGCGCUCUCAUUUCUUGAGAAGACUCUUGAAAUCAAACAGAAAUCGCUUCCACCCGAUCAUCCAUCGUUAAUCGCAACGCAUCACAACAUAGCAACAGCAUUGGAUGGUCUCCAUCGAUCUGAGGAAGCUGUUCAACAUGCGCAGCAUGCAGUUGAUAUUGCACGACGUGCAUUUGGAACUGAUCAUUUGGAAGUAAAAGACACUCAAGAAUAUCUUGAUGAACUUCGUCAAAAACUCUGA